AUGAAGGAUUAUCGAGUGUUGUUGUACUUAUUUAUCUCCUGGAUUGUGGCAUUUCUUAUAAAUGAAAAAUAUGUACCCUAUAGAACAAUACGAAGAUGCAAAUGGCCUAAACUCGACCACGAGGAUAAUGCCUCACAACAACAACGACAACAACACCACCAAACCAAUAUUUUACUCAUUGCCGAUCCACAAUUGAUUGAUAAUCAUACUUAUCCAGGUCGUAAUCCAUACUUGCUCAGUCUAUCACAACACACAGUUGACCAACAUUUGAAACGCAAUUAUAACCAGUUGACAAGACUCAAUGCCAAUGCGACUAUUUUCUUGGGUGAUUUAUUAGACAAUGGACGUGCCUCAACUGAUGAGUAUUUCGCCAAUGAAGUGGCUCGAUUCAGAUCGAUAUUCCCAAAACACCCACAAAUGUAUACCAAUCUAGCGGGGAACCACGAUAUUGGAUUUGGUGAUUUGAUAAGGACUGAUAUACGUGAUCGAUUUGGUGAAACUUUUGGUAAUCCCAAUUUACAAACUAGUAUUGAUGGAGUCGAAUUUAUCUUGGUUGAUAGUACUAGUUUGUCGUCGAGUAAAGAUCAAAUUAAUCAAGCUUCACGUGGAUUUAUUAAUCAAUUACCAAAAAAGAGUAUGCCGAGGAUUUUGUUAUCACAUGUGCCCCUUUUCCGGGACCCCAAUACCAAUUGUGGAUCCUUGCGAGAAAAACCCAAAUUUGAAUCGUUGGGGAGAGGAUACCAAUAUCAAAACUCUCUCACAAAGGAUAUAUCCAAUUUGAUAUUUGAGAAAGUUGAACCGGAUUUGAUAUUUUCUGGUGAUGAUCAUGAUUAUUGUGAUAUUGUCCAUCAUCCUCAAGAAACGAGAGAAAUCACGGUGAAAUCAAUGUCAAUGGCAAUGGGGGUGUACUACCCUGCGGUUCAAUUACUCAGUUAUAGUAAACUGCCUGAGGGGUUGAAAUAUCUGACCAAGAUUUGUUACAUGCAAACACCAUAUAUUAAUGUUGUUAUUUACAUUGUAUUGGCAAUAAUUUCAAUAGUGAUUAUACUUUAUCAAAACAUACGAUUGAAAACGGGAAACUCCAGCUGGACAAUCUUGCCCUUGAGCAGACUGAAACGAGAAGAAAAGAGUAAGAUGGGGACUGGUGGAUGGAGAAAACAAAUGUGUUUGGAUGUUGUUAAAGAAUGUUUGGCUAUGGCGAUGGUGGUUAUUUUUGUUUACAAGUAUUUUAUUGCAUUAUAG